AUGGCCAGCCAGGAAUCUCUCGGUCCAGUUCCCACCGCGACGGGGUGUAGAUUCUACGAAUACCAGCCGCUUCCGCUGAACGAUGAGUACAUUCGCCAGCUGAUCCUGGGCCCAGGCCAAGGCAAUGACCCCUUGAGCGGCAGCCUGGUGACAACCAAGCUCCCGGAUGCGCCUGGGUUCGAAGCCAUCUCCUACGUAUGGGGUGCGAGUAUUCGGGAUCGGUGGAUUGUCAUCGAUGGUAGACAACUCCCUAUCACAACGAGCAUGGAGGACGCCCUGCGACAUGCAAGGAUGUCAGACAAGCAGCGGACUCUAUGGGCCGACUCGAUCUGCAUGAAUCAAGAGGACAACGUCGAGAAGGCUCACCAGGUCACCAUGAUGGGUCGAAUCUACGCGAGAUCGAGUCGCACGUUAAUAUGCCUCGGCCUCGAUCCGCAAUCUCGACAAUACUCCCGAGACGUGGUUGCUUUGGUCGACGGCGUGAACAACAUGAUGGACCGGACUUUUGCCAGCCCGGAGUUUUCGUGGGACUGGGAGAGUUUUCCGUUCCCCCGAGAGGAUGAGCCAUUGCUUCAUGAUGAGAAAUGGAUCUCAUGGGAGAAAUUAGGAAAGUGUGACUGGUUCAGGAGGGGCUGGGUCGUGCAGGAAGCAGCAUUAGCACGUGAGGCUGUCGUCCUCUGGGCCGACGCUGAGAUACAGUGGAUCAGUAUUCUCCGAACUUAUGAAUGGCUCGUGCAGCGUGUGCUAAAUGCUGCCCGGACGUUGGAUGUAUCGGAGCCCAAAGACGGCAUCUACGCAUUUAUGUCGAUGCCAACUUCAGACAAAGUGUUCGCUGAUUUGGAUAUAAAGCCGGACUACAGAAAGGAUAUAUCGCACCUGGACGUCUAUCGAGACUUUGCUGUCAGAUACUUGCACAAGACCCGGGACCUGGAUCUUCUGAGCUAUGUUGAACACGGAGACAGUGAUUUGGACAAUGGAGACGAGGCUGAUGGGUUGCAGCUCUCCUCCUUGUUCCUGUCCUUCCCGUCAUGGAUCCCGCGCUGGGAUCGUGGGCUCCCACUUAUACGUGGGGUUGCAUACUGGCUCAAUGUCACAGUUCCAAAGAUUGAAAUUAACAGCAACUUUACGUCGAAUACACCAACUAUAAACGGGGGGUCCAUCAUCCAAGCGAAUGCCAUUAUUCUCGAUUCUAUUCAAUACGUCUCCAAAAUAGUCUCAUGGUCAGAUACGCGUAACGCACCAGAAUAUAUUCAAGAGGUGGUUUCACUCUGGAGAGAAGUCGCGCCGCAGUCCACCAAGUAUCCCGGACCACAUCAGGACACCGCCUUGAAUAAAUCCCUGGCCUUCCUAACCGCACUUUGUCGGAGCUUUUUCGACGGUGAAUACGACGAGUUCUGGGAGUCGCUCAAGGCAUUUGCACGGCUUCUCCAAGACGACCGGCCAACGAGUUCCAUCGAAACAUAUCUCAGGAAUAAAGAGGCCCGGCGCAUCUCGACAUUCGCGAUCAAGUCUUCACAAAGUCGACGGUUCAUCCUGCUAAGUCGUGGCCACUACGGAAUUGCGCCUAGGACCACCCGUAGUGGUGAUACAUGCGCCGUCAUCCCUGGCACACGAUUCCCGUUUAUCCUUCGAAAAGUGGCCAGCAAAGAGGAUCAUUAUCUAGUGGUUGGACGUGCGUAUGUUCAGAGCAAGACAUGUUCUCCGACUCAGACUGGCCAUCCUUUGCCGCUGGCCCGGUCGGACAAAAGCAGAGACUGGGAGGACUGGGGUCUGCAGACUCAACGCAUUUCCCUCUGCUAA